AUGAAAUUCUUUAUCGUUUUCAACGAAGGGAAACGGGUUUUCUUUCCCGGGCAACUUGUUGAAGGGGUGGCUAUCUUGCAGCUAACUGAAGAGUGCUCGGCGCGCGAAGUGUUCAUUCGAGUGACUGGACACGCGAAAAAUCACUGGUCUGUCAGCCACACCCAUACCACAACAAACACUAAUGGUACUACUUCGUCGCAUACAACCACCGAGCACUACAACGCUGUGAUAAACAUCUUCAAUGGUCAAUCGAAAGCUUGGGGAAAUGGUACCAAGCAAAAGAUUCCCGCUGGAGAACAUCGAUUCCCAUUCUGCUUUCAACUCCCAAUCCGUUGUCUCCCCUCAUACGAGGGAUGCCAUGGGCACAUUCGAUAUUCAAUUCGUGCCGAAGUCGAUCGCCCAUGGAAGUUCAACCAUAAAGCCGAUCAGCCAUUCACUGUCGUCACGAUCUCCGAUCUCAACCUGACCCCAUCUCUCCGUGCUCCUCUCGCAAAUUCACGAUGCGAAAAGACUGGCCUUCCACUUUUCCGACGUGGAAACAUCUCUAUUAAGGUGGCCAUUCCGAAAAGCGGCUUUGUUCCCGGCGAAUACAUCCCAAUUACAAUCCACGUCGACAACCAAAGCUCAAAGGAUAUGGAAACGGUGGAAAUCGUCAUGAAAGAGCACGUUGAUUUUGUGGCUUUCCGUUGUCACAGUGAGUUUCCGAUUGAGUCAGCUUUCAUCCACACUCACGGUGGCCACGAGAGAAGACAUUCGAAGAGAGAAGUCGCCAGGCUACGUCAACCACUCAAAAUCCCGAAGAACUCUUCAGCGAGUCCGAUCGUUCAACUACGAAUCCCGGCGGUGGCCGCCUCGUUUCAAUGUGCAAUCAUCCAAGUCUACUAUAAUCUCAAAGUAACAGUCACAUCUGCCGCCACAUUCAACUCAUCUGUGGUUUCGAAAUUCCCGCUUGUAAUCGGAAAUGUGCCGAUGCGAGAGUUGCCUGUGACCCCUUAUGUAAUGCCCACUCCUCAACCAGGACCAGCAGUGCCCCCAUACCCAACCGCCGGUCCAUCGUCAAGCCCAUAUCCACAACUUCCACCGGGUACCACCACAACCCCGUCUGCUCCACCACCGCCCGAGUAUGCAUCAGCUCCCCCACUUCCAGUGCCAGGAGCUCAAAAUGGUCCACCGCCUGAAUAUGGCGCAUUUGGAGCUCCACCUAGCUACGAGCAAAGUGUUUUCGGUCCAAGCGCCCCCACCAAAGAAGAUGAGGCAUUUGCCCCCAACUAUCUCUACUUCAACUUGCCACAACCACAAGCGCCACCCACCUCAGGAAAUACCAAAUUU